UCGCCAUGGCGGCGGCAGCGGCGACGAGGACGACGAGCCGGGGGUCGUGCUCCGCCGGCGCCUGAGGAAGCUACGCGACCAUGGUGGCUCGCAGCACUGACAGCCUGGAUGGCCCAGGGGAGGGCUCAGUGCAGCCCCUGCCCCCCACCGCAGGGCCCAGUGUGAAGGGGAAGCCUGGGAAAAGGCUCUCAGCUCCUCGAGGUCCCUUUCCCCGGCUGGCCGACUGUGCCCAUUUCCAUUACGAGAAUGUUGAUUUUGGUCACAUCCAGCUUCUGCUGUCUCCUGAGCGUGAAGGCCCUAGCUUUUCUGGAGAGAAUGAGCUGGUGUUUGGGGUGCAGGUGACCUGUCAGGGCCGUUCCUGGCCAGUUCUCCGCAGCUAUGAUGACUUCCGAUCCCUGGAUGCCCACCUCCACCGGUGCAUCUUUGACCGGAGGUUUUCCUGCCUUCCAGAGCUCCCCCCACCCCCCGAGGGUGCCAGGGCUGCCCAGAUGCUGGUGCCACUGCUGCUGCAAUACCUGGAGACCCUGUCAGGACUGGUGGACAGUAACCUCAACUGUGGGCCUGUGCUCACCUGGAUGGAGCUGGACAACCACGGCCGACGACUGCUCCUCAGCGAGGAGGCCUCACUCAAUAUCCCUGCGGUGGCUGCGGCCCACGUGAUAAAGCGGUACACAGCCCAGGCACCCGAUGAGCUGUCCUUCGAGGUGGGCGACAUUGUCUCAGUCAUUGACAUGCCACCCACGGAGGACCGGAGCUGGUGGCGGGGCAAGCGAGGCUUCCAGGUUGGUUUCUUCCCAAGUGAGUGUGUGGAACUGUUCACAGAGCGGCCAGGUCCAGGACUGAAAGGGGAUGCUGAUGGUCCCCUGAGUGUCCCAGCCCCCCAAGGCAUCUCCGCUCUGACUUCAGCUGUUCCUCGGCCCCGAGGGAAGCUGGCUGGCCUCCUCCGCACCUUCAUGCGCUCCCGGCCUUCCCGGCAGCGGCUGCGACAGCGGGGAAUCCUGCGGCAGCGGGUGUUUGGCUGUGACUUGGGAGAGCACCUCAGCAAUUCAGGCCAGGAUGUGCCCCAGGUGCUUCGUUGUUGCUCAGAGUUCAUUGAGGCCCACGGGGUGGUGGAUGGGAUCUACCGGCUUUCAGGCGUGUCGUCCAACAUCCAGAGGCUACGGCAUGAGUUUGACAGUGAGAGGAUCCCAGAGCUCUCUGGCCCCGCCUUCCUGCAAGACAUCCACAGUGUAUCCUCCCUCUGCAAGCUCUACUUCCGGGAGCUGCCAAACCCCUUGCUCACAUACCAGCUCUACGGGAAGUUCAGUGAGGCCAUGUCAGUGCCUGGGGAGGAGGAGCGCCUGGUGCGUGUCCAUGACGUCAUCCAGCAACUGCCCCCACCACACUACAGGACCCUGGAGUACCUGCUGAGGCACCUGGCCCGCAUGGCAAGACACAGCGCCAACACAAGCAUGCAUGCCCGCAACCUGGCCAUCGUCUGGGCACCCAACCUGCUACGGUCCAUGGAGCUGGAGUCAGUGGGGCUGGGCGGGGCAGCAGCCUUCAGGGAGGUUCGGGUACAGUCAGUGGUGGUGGAAUUCCUGCUCACCCACGUGGACGUGCUGUUCAGCGACACCUUCACCUCGGCUGGCCUGGACCCUGCAGCUCCUACGCUCAGGAUCCCCACUUCUUGGCCCGGACAUCGUUCUUUCUUCACCCCUUGUAGCUCCUGGGGGCACUUGGGGUCUUUGGUCCACCUGGGAGGAGGUGGGAGGCCCCCAGAUUUGACCCUGCCCUGGCCCUACCCAGAGUCCCCCUGCCCUGUCCGGGACCCCAGCCCAAUCAGGAUUCAGCACGUCGGAGGGCCCUCUAGCCGGAGGAGGAAAGGGGUGAGAGGCGAGAAACAGCGGAAGCCGGGGGGUAGCAGCUGGAAGACCUUCUUUGCACUGGGCCGAGGCCCCAACAUCCCUCGAAAGAAACCUCUGCCCUGGCUGGGGGGCACCCGAGCUCCGCCGCAACCCUCAGGCAGCCGCCCCGACACAGUCACGCUCAGGUCAGCCAAGAGCGAGGAGUCGCUGUCAUCCCAGGCCAGUGGGGCUGGCCUCCAGAGGCUGCACAGGCUGCGGCGACCUCACUCCAGCAGCGACGCCUUCCCCGUGGGCCCGGCACCUGCCGGCUCCUGCGAGAGCCUGUCGUCCUCGUCCUCGUCCUCGGACUCGGACUCGGACUCCUCCAAGACUUCAUCCUCCACACCCUCGGCAGCCGGGCCGGGGGCGCUCUCUGGCUCACCCUCACACCGAGCCUCAGCCUGGCUGGAUGAUGGCGACGAGCUGGACUUCAGCCCACCCCGCUGCCUGGAGGGGCUUCGGGGACUCGACUUUGACCCCCUCACCUUUCGCUGCAGCAGCCCCACCCCAGGGGACCCCGCACCUCCUGCCAGCCCAGCACCCCCUGCCUCGGCCUCCGCCUUCCCACCCAGGGUGACCCCACAGGCCCUCUCAGCCCGCGGGGCCGCCAGCCCUGCCUUGCCCACUGCCCUGGACAUCUCAGAGCCUCUAGCGGUGUCGGUGCCUCCCGCUGUCCUGGAGCUGCUGGGAGCUGGGGGGACACCUGGCUCAGUCACCCCGACACCAGCCCUCAGCCCCACCCCAGGCCUCCGGCCCCAUCUCAUCCCCCUGCUGCUGCGUGGCGCCGAGGCCCAGCUGAGCGACACCUGCCAGCAGGAGAUCUGCAGCAAGCUGGCACUACCUGCUUCCCAGGGAGCCCAAGGUCAGCACGGUCCUGGUAUGGAUUCACCACUACCGCCCCAGCCCCUGUCCCUCCUGCGCCCUGGGGGCGCACCUCCCCCACCCCCCAAGAACCCAGCACGCCUCAUGGCCCUGGCCCUGGCUGAGCGGGCUCAGCAGGUGGCCCAGAGACAGAGCCAGCAGGAGCAAGGGACCACCCCAUCUGCUUCCCGCUCCCCUUUCCGCCGCUCACUCUCCCUGGAGGUAGGCAGUGAGUCCCCGGGGACCUCAGGGAGUGGGCCCCCUCCCCACUCUGUAGCCCACCCAGGGGCCUGGGCUCCUGGGCCCCCACCCUCCCUGCCAAGGCAGCAGAGCGACGGGAGCCUGGUGAGAAGCCAGAGGCCCACAGGGACCUCGAGGAGGGGACUCAGAGGCCCCGCCCAGGUCAGCGCCCAGCUCAGGAUGGGUGGGGGGUCCAGGGAUGUGCCAGAGACGGCAGCCCCGUUCCCGUGUUCUGUCCCCUCGCAGGUUCCUACCCCAGGCUUCUCCUCAGUCCCCCGGGAGUGCCUGCCCCCCUUCCUUGGAGCCCCCAAACCAGGCUUAUACUCACUGGGCUCCCCACCCUUCCAGCCCAACUCCCCAGCCCCGGUCUGGAGAAGUCCCCUGGGCCCCCCUGCACCACUUGACAGGGGAGAAAACCUGUACUAUGAGAUCGAGGCCGGCGAGGGGCGCUACUCUGGCCCUGCCCGGGCCUGGAGUCCUUUCCGCUCCAUGCCCCCCGAUAGGCUCAAUGCCUCCUAUGGCCUGCUCGGCCAGUCGCCACCGCUCCACAGGUCUCCCGACUUCCUGCUUGGCUACCCACCUCCCCCUUCCUGCUUUCCCCAUGACCACCUCAGCUACUCAGCCCCCCAGCACUCUGUCCGGCGCCCCACUCGGCCUGAACCCCUCUAUGUCAAUCUAGCACUAGGUCCCAGGGGUCCCUCACCUGACUCUUCCUGCUCCUCCUCCCCACCUGCCCACCCCCGAAGCCGGUCAGACCCCGGCCCCCCAGCUCCCCGCCUCCCCCUGAAACAGCGGGCCCCUUGGGGUCCCCAUCCCCCUCAUAGGAUGCAUGAGCCCUGGGGCCCCCCUGAGCCCCUCCUGCUCUAUAGGGCAGCCCCACCGGCCUAUGGAAGGGCAGGUGAACACCACAGGGGGUCCUUAUACAGGAAUGGGGGGCAGGGAAGGGAGGGGGCUGGUCCCCCACCUCCCUACCCCACUCCCAGCUGGUCCCUCCACUCUGAGGGCCAGACCCGAAGCUACUGCUGACUCAGCUGGGAGAGCCCGUCCUCCCUUCCCUUCCCCUCAUGAUCUCGGCCCAACCCAAACCCUUGUUUUGUAUUUUCUCGAGCUCCUGACCCCCUGCCCAGGUUUCUAACUUUGUAACUUGCUUCAAAUGUGAGUCCCUAACCUUUGUCAUAGCUCCCCCACCCUGGGCUGGAGGGUGCACCAGGCCCCUGCCCCCUCCACCCCGGGGGCUCUUGCACAAACCUGAGGACUGGGCUGAAGCCAUCCUCCCGCUCCCUCCAGGAGCCCCCAGCAUGUCUGGAUCUGUGCAUAGGGGAUGAGGGGCACGGCUCCUGCCCACCUCCCCCACAUGCCCCACUAAACCAUCUGACAAAGCGAAUGAAUAAAAAUGGUGAGAAUGUGGCUGCAGGUGUCAUGCCGGGGCGGGGC